GGCGACCGGUUGCGCCGGUCACUGCCUUGCAGCAGGUUUUGGCUUUGUGUAUAUAUGUCCCCAUCCGGCAUAUACACACUGAAUAUGUUCCUCUCAAGGCCACAAGAUAAGCCUGGCGUGGAGCUUACAGCAGCUGCAGAGGCAGUUUCUGAAAUGGCACAGGUGGGUGAUCCUUCAUGCAGCCAAAGUGGGUGUGUGAGGAAUUUUGACAUUAACAGAUUGCCAUCAGGAGAGGAGGAAGAGGAGGAGGAAUUAGAAGAAGAAACAGGAGGGUCUUCCUCUGCUGUCAGCAUUGUUUCUCCAUUUUUAUCACCAUUAAGCAAUACCAGUGAUAAAGAGCAUGAUCAUACUACUACCACCACCACCACCAUUACUGCCCCAAUUCAUGUAUAUACAGCCCCUGCAAGUCGUGAAGAGGAAGAGGAGGGAGAUGGCCCAGGAGUUCCUCCUAGGAAGAAACUCAGGCUCUCCAAGGAGCAGUCUGCUCUUCUUGAAGAAAGUUUCAGAGAGCACCACACUCUCAAUCCGAAGCAAAAGAGCGCGUUGGCUAAGCAACUUAACCUCAAGUCACGCCAAGUUGAAGUAUGGUUUCAGAACCGUAGAGCAAGGACUAAGCUGAAGCAGACAGAAGUGGACUGUGAAUUUCUGAAACGUUGCUGUGAAUCACUGACAGAAGAGAACAGGAGGUUGCAGAGAGAGGUGGAGGAGCUGAGAGCAAUAAAAGUGGCUCCUCCUGCAUGUCUUAUCAGUGCUCAGGACUUAUACAUGCCAAUGACAAUGCCAAUGCCAAUGCCAUUACCAGCAGCCACCCUUACAAUGUGUCCUUCCUGUGAAAGAAUGGGAACCACCAUUGACAAGAGGGCUCUCACUUUUGCUAAGCCAUCUUACUAUGUCACUAACUUCAGGCAGCCAUCUGCAGCCUGUUAAACUAGUCAUCACUUUUCUUAUGAACAUAUACACAUAUAUAUAUACACACAUAUGUAUAUGCAUCCAUUUUUGGAAAGAGCAAACUCUCUGUUAAGAAGUACAGCAGCUACUUGUAGUCUGAACUUUCACUGGAGGAAUAUAUGAGCUCUGUAAGUCAUUACUGGAGGGAAAUAUAUACAUGUAUGGUAAACAUUGUACUGUAAAAAAACUUGGUCUCCUUAUUUUUGGUAAGGAGACCAACCAGCACUUACAUGCAUUUAGAAUGAAUAAAGCUUGCACAGUAAUUCAUGUGGGCAUUGCUAUUUUACCUUA